AUGGUGGCGUAUUACGAUUGGUGUGUGUACCGGCAGUUUAAUAUGCUGGGUUCUUACAUUGGAUACUAUGACAAGUUUCUUGAAAACUCCACCAAGGAUCCAUUGUGCCAUGCACAAUCUCCAACUCGUUCUUUACCGUCUGAUUGUCUCAAACACGUUCGAGAACCAACUAAAGGAGGCGGUGACGAAUCAUCACCUGAAUCUUCGUCGGAUGGCACCGACGACAACAACAACACGUCUGCGUUUGAACAUGCUGACGCGCCAAAAGAGCAAGAGCUAUUAGACAAGCUAAGGGAAGCUGAAUAUGCUAUCUUGUCAAUGCAGGAACAUUGUGACCGUCUGAAUAGAGAUCACUUCGAUGUGGAGCAAAUACUGAAGAAGACCUAUUAUGAAAACAACCAGCGAAACCAACUUGAACGUUCGAGGUUGCAAAGUGAGCUGGAACAUAAGGAACAGCAACUUUUUGAAUUAAUGCGUCAUCAAGAAAUGAGUAAUAUAUUCUGGGACGACCGCCAACGGGAGAUGAACGAGUUGAUGAAUGACGUUAUUCUGAACGUUAAAGACAUGUAUCGGUACCAGGAAUUGUGCAACUUGUUUAAACCAAAAUGA